AUGUUACUUCGUAUUCGGUCAAAAGAGGGCAUGAAUAGACUUCAGGUUGAGGGAAAUGAAACAUUUGAAUCACUUGCACAAAAAGUGGCAGAUGUCUUAAAGAUUCAAGAUCUCAACACAAUUGCUAUGGGAAAAGAACCUAGUCCUUCUACAGCUACACCCAUUUCUCAAUUGGCUAAUAAAACACUGGAAUCAGCUGGCUUAAAACAUGGUGAUAUUGUAUAUGUUCAUUAUGUCGAUCCUUUAGUACAACAACAAAACCAAUCCAAAGAAGAAACUGCACAGCGUAAUGUUAAACAGGAUGAAGUAGAUGAUUUUCUAGAAAAGCAGAGGGGUUUAAUUCAUCGAAAGAAAGAUCCUAAAUUUUGUCGUCAUGGGGAUAAUGCAAUGUGUGACUAUUGCAUGCCAUUGGAACCUUAUAACGCCAAGUAUUUAGAAGAAAAUAAAAUCAAACAUAUGUCAUUUCAUGCAUAUUUACGACAAUUAAGCGCAGCACAACAAUCUAUCAAUAAUGCUGCAUCUUCAAAUAGUAUUCCUCCUCUUGAAGAGCAAAAUUUUAAAGUGAAAGUACCUUGCACUGGAGGACACGCACCAUGGCCAGAGGGAAUUUGUACAAAGUGUCAGCCUAGUGCCAUUACGUUGCAAAGUCAAACGUAUCGUAUGGUGGAUCAUGUUGAAUUUUCUUCUGCAUCUUUAAUAGAUUCCUUUUUAAACUACUGGCGUUCUAGUGGAUCACAACGUUUUGGAUAUUUAUAUGGUCGUUAUGAACCCUAUUUGGACAUUCCUUUAGGUAUUAAAGCCGUAGUUGAAGCUAUUUAUGAACCACCUCAAGAAGAUCACUCAGAUGGUAUUAAACUUGCUUUGCCGUGGCAAGAGGAGGCCAAGAUAAACCAAGUUGCUAAAGCAUGUGGAUUGGUUCCAGUGGGAAUGAUUUUCUCUGAUUUAAUGGAUGAUGGUACUGGUAAAGGGAGCGUUAUUGCGAAAAGACAUGUUAAUUCAUACUUUUUGUCUUCAUUGGAAUGUAUCUUUGCUGCUGAAAUGCAACGCCGUCAUCCAAAUGCCUGUAAGCAUUCAGCCUCUGGCCAAUUUAGUUCUAAAUUUGUCACUUGUGUUAUCUCUGGUGAUACGGAAGGUAACAUUGAUGUAAAAGCCUAUCAAGUCUCUGAUACCUUAACAGCCCUGAACGAAGCGGGAAUUGUUGAACCUAGCAUAAAACCUUCUGUGAUGCGAGUGAAAGAUAGUAUUCCUCAUGAACGCUAUGUACCCGAAGUUUUUUACAAAUUUAAAAAUGAAUAUAAUGUGUUAGUUAAACAAUCUGCAAAGCCUACCUUUCCUGUAGAAUAUCUCUUGGUUAAUGUCACAAAUGGUUUCCCUCAUCAUCCUUCACCUUUAUUUAAUUCUGAGUCUUCAUUUCCUAUUGAAAAUCGUGAAGGUCUCGAGCAUCAAGAUUUAGCUACUCUUUCAAAAAUAAUCCUUAAUGCUAAAACACCUGAACAAUUAAAGGCAGUAUUAUCUGACUUUCAUAUUUUAUGCUUUAUUCAGUCUACAGAUACUUUAUCAUCUGAAGAAUUUAAUCGACUUUGUCAGUUAAUUAUAAAUAAGGAUGAAGACAUAAAUCAGUUAAAUAAAAUUAGUGGUUGGAAUACACUUUUAAUGGUCCUGAAAGAAUUAGGUAACACAACAAGUGGUGGUAGUAGUUCAAAGACAGCAACCUCUAUACCUCAAACUACUAUUAAUUGUAGACAUUGUACAUUUACUAAUACACCAGGCAAUGAAAACUGUGAAAUGUGCGGUUUACCGUUGUCUAGUUAG